UCCAACAAGGGCAAAGGCUCCAUAAUUGACCGAGCUUAUCCUCGCUCCAUCGAUAAAGACGAGGGUUGUUGAGCUCCUCCAUGACCGCACCACCUGCUGCUUGCUCUGCACAUCUCAAUCAUCAUCAACCAACCCGCUCGACGAGCCAUGGAGUUUGCGACGGGAGCAUUGGGCACUCUGCUUCCCAAGCUCGGCCAGCUGCUCCAGGAUGAGUACAACCUGCAGGAGGGAGCAAAGAAGAACAUCGAGUUCCUCACAAGAGAGCUCCAGAGCAUUGAAGCUGCCCUCUGCAGCGUCGGCGAGCUGCCACCGGAGCAGGUCAGUGAGCUGGUCAAGAUCUGGGCCCAUGACGCCCGGGAGCUGUCCUACGAUAUGGAGGACAUCGUGGACACCUUCUUGUGCGUGUCCAGGGCUCUGAUCCCCCAAGCAAAAAGAUCUCCAAAAUAUUCUUUAAGAAGAUGAGGGAUAUUGUCACCAAGGCUAAGACUCGGCAUGAGAUUGGCCAAGAUAUCAAGGACAUAAUGGAGCGUGUCAAGGAAGUGGCCGAGCGACGUGAAAGGUACAAGGUCGAUACUAUUAUACCUGCCAAAACCUCUGUUGACCCUCGCAUAACAUCUCUGUACACUAAGACAGCUGACCUUUUCGGCAUUGAUGAGCCAAGGGAAGAACUAAUCACAAGGCUGACAAAAGGAGAUGAUAUGUCCAUGCAACAAAGGAUAGUCUCUGUUGUUGGAUUUGGAGGAUUAGGCAAGACAACGCUUGCCAAAGUGAUGUAUGACAAGCUUAAAGGGCAGUUCGAUUGCAUGGCUUUUAUUCUGGUUGGUCGGAAUCCUGAUUUGAAGAAGGUUUUUAAGGACAUGUCAAUCGAUCUUGACACUCGUUUCAAUGUAGACGUACUGGAUGAAAGGCAACUCAUCGACAAACUUCAAGAAUUCUUGGAAAACAAGAGGUGCGUGUCAUCAGCAACUAAAUAAUAAUGCUUCUGACACUGAUGAAAUUAGUACUUCUGUUGCACGUGUUAUGUUGAGCUAAGCUGUAGA